AUGGAGAUUGCGGGACUGGGGCUGCUGCACAGAUGGCGAAGAGAAAGAGGAGAGCAGGCAGCGAAAUGGAGGUACCCCUUCCGGGAGGCCCUGAAAAGGGGCAACGCGGCUUUAUGGGGGAGGAGUGGCAGGUCUAGCCGCAUAACCUUUUGUGAUGAUAAACCAAGCGAAUUGCCCAUAGAAGGGGAAAAAGGGACCCUACCAGAUAUCGAUGAAGAAGGGAAGAAAAACAAAAUGAACGACGAUGAUCCAAAUGCAUUGAAGGAGCAAGCCAACUCUCCUUUCACAAAUUCAUUUGACGCUCCAAAUGCAUUGCUCUUUGAAAAUUUGAACAAAGAAUACAAGUUCAUAACCACACAGGAUAACUUUGAUGGGUUCCGAUUUGAAGUAGACAAAAGCGUAAACAAAUAUUUACAGUCGACUCAUACGCUGUUCCUUGGCACGACCCUAAGGGACGUCGGGUACUUGUACCAGUUUGGGGCCAACUUCACAAACAGUGAUAACAGCUUGCUGAUGAUCAGCAGGGUGAACAUAGAUGGCAGCGUGAAUGGGAGGUUUUGCAAAAGAAUAGAUAACCAGAUCGACUGCAAACUCAAUUUUAAUACCUAUGCGAAGAAUGAUCAAAGAAAUAUGUACGAAAUGGCUGUAGAGGUUAAUAAGCCUAUUUACACAUACAGCGUGAAAACCAUUUGGCAGGGCACGUGGAUCUUUAACUCGUCCUACACACAAAUGUUAAGUAAAAAAUUUCAAGCGGGGGUAGACUUAACAUAUAUCGCGUCGAACUGUGCUUCUAUCGGAUCGUUUGGGCUUCGGUACAACCACAAAAAUAAUGUCGUGUCUAUGCAAGUGGUGAGACAGCCCAAUUUUAAGUCGCCUGAAUUUAUGCUUAACCAGACACACUUAUAUAAAAUUCAGUACGCGAAGAAAGUGUCCGAUCGGUUAUCCUUGGGGACCGAACUGGAGGUCACUCCGGAGACCAAGGAAUCCGCCAUGCGUCUGGGCUGGGACUACUCCUUUCGUCAUGCGAAGGUGCAGGGCAGCAUCGACACCAGUGGGAAGAUUGCCGUGUUCACGCAGGACUACUCGGGCUUUGGGGUCAGCGGGUACAUUGACUACCCGAACAACGAGUACAAGUUUGGCUUCAUGAUGCACAUCGCCCCCUCGCAGGAGCAGCCCGUGCAGCCGGUGCCGUAG